AUGGUCCAGCGCGCCUUUUCCCAAAUUGAGGGCAUGGACCAGGCGUUGAGAGCGUUGUCCGUUCGCGAGCAUCACGCGCCGGACAACGAGAUCUACGAGAUGAUGAUGCGGCCUCGCAAGGAGAGUGCCGUCACAAAGGAAGCUCGGUUCGCUCGUGAACGGUCGCUCAUUGCGUACCGUCACGCCCAAGCCGAGAAGGAGAAAGAGAUCAAGGCUUUGGUGGUUGUUUCUCCCGCUGCUGUCACUUCGGUGACUUUAGCACCAGCCGCCGCCGCCGCCGAUACUCCCUUCGUCCUUCCUUCGGACGCCCCAGCCCAGGCCACCGCCGUCGCACCAACCUCUUCCGAUGAUCUGAUGUCGGAACUCCGCGUUGCCCUCGCCGCGCGCGAACGAAGCAUCCGGAAGACGACGCGCGACGACACCCCGGCCAAGCUGAAGGCUGCCAAUGCCACUGUUCCCGCCACGUCAUCCAGUGAAGAUGAGUGGGUCACCACGGAUGAGAGUGAUUCGGACGAGCCUCGCGGCUCUGAAGAUGACGAUUCCAAGUCUGACGUCGAUUCCGAAGGUCCCCGCGGGCCAGAGGAUGAUGACUCUGGCGACGGUGAUGAGGACGACGCGCCACCGAGCGUCGCCUCUUCCAUUCUAGCUGUUGUGGAUGGUGAGCAAGCUUCACCGAGCGAACCCACCGCCGACGCCGUCGAUGACAACGACAAACACGGUUCCCCUGGUCCGUCCGGAAACCCUGCUCUGCCCGAAGCCGAAGUGUCUUUUGACUCGGAAGCUGGUGCGCGUGAGCAGGCCGGCGGUUCCACCCGUGACGUUGCCGUCACCGUCGGCGGUGACAAGCAAAGUGAGGACACGGAUGACGAGCCCGAGACCUCUUUGGAGGAGGAGGAGGGUGAGAGUGAUUCUUGCGUUGGUGUUGACCAGCAGUUGCUCGUUACACAGCUUUAUCCACCGCUACCCCCGAGCCCAACGACGACGACCACGCGCGGUGAAGCGGAGACUUCUUUGGAAGGGGAGGCCGAGCAGAAGGUGCUGUCUCGCGACAGGGCGGAAGUGGUUUGA